AUGCACAAAGAUUCUAGUGUAAUUGAUCAUCAAAAGAAAAGUUCAACAAGUACGUCUAAGGUUAUUCUAUCCACGGAAAGUAUAUCAAAUGUGAGCAGAUUACAAAGUGAGCUUCGUAGCACAUCCGGGACUGCAAAAAUGUUUUCGGAUGCAUCAAACAAAAACAGUGAAAGUGAAAGAGACCAUUUUAAAAAUUCUAGUGAGUCAUACGUACCUUCAGAUUCAGAAUUAAGCUCAGAUGAUGACCAGAUAAUGGAAGAGCCCCUUAAACAACACCGGGAAGAGCUCGCACAACAAAAGAAUAAAACAAAGAAGAGAAAACAAGCUUUGGAUUUUUUCAUUCCGAAAAAGGACCAUUGUUUUAAGUGUAAUGCUUAUAAUACUGCUAAAGAGAAGGAGCCAUUAAAAGAGGAAUUUGACAGUCACAAAAAGAGAGAAAAUGAUGCAAUGCAGAUGAAAUCUGAAGAUAAGGAAAGAGCCGCUAGAGAAAAAGGACAAACUUUUAGAGCCGCAACAUUUGACUUAUAA